AUGUGCAUCCAGACCUUGCAAUCAUCCAACAAUGAUGCCGCCCAGAUUGACACAAAACUUGUCAAGGAAGACAUGGGGCGACCAGCAGGCAAUGACGAACUGAAAAUUUGUGAAGAACACGAUCCUGUUACAGGAAAGUUUCUCAACUACAAGGGAGUUCAUCGGCCUAUGGGAAACUUUACCAAAGAAGAGUACAAAGCCCUCAACGACUUUUGGUUGUCCUUCUGGAAGAACUCAUUCCUUGGUAGGGGUAUUCCGGACAUUUACAGCCGUGAAGGCGAGGAGCAGUUUAGGGCCCGUGUUGGUGCAGUUGGCGACGUCUUUGUCGCUUGCUCCCUUGCCAUGAUCCUUGAAACUGCCUUCAAGUUCUCGAUAUUGCAGAUUUUGGUUGCUGCCAUUGCAGGCUUCUACCUUGCAGGACUCAUGUUUGGCGUGUCCCAUAUGGCCUUCCAUGCGCGAGUGCUGGACUACCACUGGAGUAGCAGCAUCUGUACUAGUUAUGUAUUUCCUUAUGGGCACCACCGCGGCCAUCGGUUCAUUGAUGUAUUUGCCAACCAAUUAUUGAUCCAAAUGUUUCCAUCAGUUCGCCGCGAGGGUCGCAUGUGGAACGAAUUUAUCAAGUAUGGCCUGCUCUCAUACUGGUGUUACCAAAGCAGUCAAACCAGGCUGUUGAUGGGUUGGUUCCUCCUCUCGUGGAUCAUGGAGGCAGCCGGACAUCAUCACAGUCAUGGUCAGAGCAAAUCCCUCCCCCCAGUUGUGCGAUUCAUCAUUCAGAAUGUGUUUGCCCCACUCGGUCUACUCCCUGGACAUGAGCACCACAAGGUUCACCAUGACUACAGUCAAGAAACUCGCUUUAGCAACUUCACCGAUCUCACAGUUCCUGGUUUGGAUUUUGUGCUAAACAAUGUUUGGGACUACUGCUACCACAAAUACUAUGAAAGUGGGGAGCUUUAUGACUCGGGCUUGUCCAUUCCUGGCACAUGGGUCACACACGCUCUCAAAGUGGCUGGCUUAGGUUGCGCUUGGUUAGCUUCCUAUGGUGUUGGUGUCGGUGCUACAAAAUUCUGCAUUAUGAUGCUUUUCUUUAUUCACGUCGUGGAUCCCUUGCGAAUGCUCCUUUGGUACUUCACUAAAGUGCACCCAGCACUAAAGAAGUUGGGAUUCUUUGGUGGUGUCAAGAGCAAGCCCUCCGUCAAAGACGCUUGA